AUGGAGAGCUCUCUGCACGACACUGGCUCGUCCCCGGACUUGGGGACUGAGGACGCGAACGGUGAGACGCUACUCGUUGCUUCCGCGGCCUCCAGCGGGUCCGACGAUGAGCAUGACGUCCUUGCCGAUCUCUCUGGAGCGUAUUUGCCUCCGCUGCACGCGGCCUCCGAGCCGCCCGACGGGGAGGACGCCGGGGAAGCUGCCGCUUCCGCGGGCGCUCGCCGCAGGCCAGAGGGAGCUCCGGGGCCUGCUGCCGGGGCCAGUCUCGUCGCGGCGACGCCGGAGAAGCCGGGCGCAGAGGCACCUUCGUCGACUCCGACGCAGGCGCGGGGCGGCUCGCUGGGGCCAGCGGCGGCGGCGGCGCGGCGGGAACUCCGCGAGUCAGAGUGGGCGGUGUUCGCGGCCUCGUCCUACGAGUCGCAGGCGGAGGCGCAGUUCGAGGGCAAGUGGGAGUUCCUCUCCUCCGCGAAGAAGAGCCAGGCGGGGGCGGCGGGGACAGCGGGGACGGCGGGGGCGGCGGCGGCCUCGCGUCUGCUCGCCAAGCGCCUCGAGACCUACCAGCGCCAGGGUCUGCGGCGCUCCGUCGCGCCGGUGCUGCUUUGUCACCUGAGGGAGUACCUGCAUGUGCUGCUGCUCUUUCACCGCGAGGCGCGACGCUACACGCUUCUCACCUUUAAGGCCAAGAGCUGGGAGCGACCCGAGGACGUGCUCGAGCGAAAACUGGAGAAAAUCCUGACCAAGCACCGCUCGGAAGUCCACAAGAGCCUCGCCAACUACACCUGGGUCGCCCCUGAACAAAACGAAAAAGUCACCGCAGACGUGCGGGAGUUCCUCGGAGAGUGGUGGCGACCGGAACUAGACGAAGAGCCGCUCCCCUUCCUCCCGCCCCAUGUCACCAGACCUAAAGAACGAAUUCGACUCUACCAGGUGCAGCUGCCGCAGAAGUGCUCCUUCCGGCUGCCGCCGGCGCUCUCGCUGGCGGCGAUUCCGCUGUUCGAUCUGCUGCGGCCUGAGAUCCACGGCCUGGCGCUCGCUGGGAUUCCUCACAUGCUGUCGCGGUUCCGCUUUCGCCUGCUGGAGCUCUCCGUGACGUGGAUGGACAGCUCGACGCCCUCGAUCGGCACGGGUCGCCGCUCGAAGGGGACAGGGGGGCGGCGAGACCAGGAGGAGGACGAGGAGGAAGACUUCUCGCCCGCCUUCCUCGAAGAGCUGACGUCGCAGGACGCGGCGAUGGAGACGGUCAACGAGCAGGGGCCGACGGAGGAGCUGCCGCCGGAGCUCGCUGCGCUAGCUGCAGAGGAGGAGGAGGACGCGUGA